AUGGCGACCUGCAUUUGGCUGCGGAGCUGUGGGGCCCGGCGCCUCGGGUCGACGUUUCCAGGCUGCCGCCUCCGCCCCCGCGCCGGCGGCCUGGUCCCUGCCUCCGGGCCUGCGCCCGGCCCGGCCCAGCUCCGCUGCUACGCUGGGGGCCUGGCGGGCCUCUCUGCGGCGCUGCUGCGCACCGACAGCUUCGUGGGCGGCCGCUGGCUCUCGGCCGCCGCCACCUUCCCCGUGCAAGACCCGGCCAGCGGCGCCGCUCUGGGCAUGGUAGCCGACUGCGGGGUGCGAGAGGCCCGCGCCGCCGUGCGCGCUGCCUACGAGGCUUUCUGCCGCUGGAGGGAGGUCUCCGCCAAGGAGAGGAGUUCAUUACUUCGGAAGUGGUACAAUUUAAUGAUACAAAAUAAGGAUGACCUUGCCAGAAUAAUCACAGCUGAAAGUGGAAAGCCACUGAAGGAGGCACAUGGAGAAAUUCUCUAUUCCGCCUUUUUCCUAGAGUGGUUCUCUGAGGAAGCCCGCCGUGUUUACGGAGACAUUAUCUACACCCCGGCAAAGGACAGGCGGGCCCUGGUCCUCAAGCAGCCCAUAGGCGUGGCUGCAGUCAUCACCCCGUGGAAUUUCCCCAGUGCCAUGAUCACCCGGAAGGUGGGGGCCGCCCUGGCAGCCGGCUGUACUGUCGUAGUGAAGCCUGCCGAAGACACGCCCUUCUCUGCCCUGGCCCUGGCUGAGCUUGCAAGCCAGGCUGGGAUUCCUUCAGGCGUAUACAAUGUUAUUCCCUGUUCUCGAAAGAAUGCCAAGGAAGUAGGGGAGGCAAUUUGUACUGAUCCUCUGGUGUCCAAAAUUUCCUUUACUGGUUCAACAACUACAGGAAAGAUCCUGUUGCACCAUGCAGCAAACUCUGUGAAAAGGGUCUCUAUGGAGCUGGGCGGCCUUGCUCCAUUUAUAGUAUUUGACAGUGCCAACGUGGACCAGGCUGUAGCAGGGGCCAUGGCAUCUAAAUUUAGGAACACUGGACAGACUUGUGUUUGCUCAAACCAAUUCUUGGUGCAAAGGGGCAUCCAUGAUGCCUUUGUAAAAGCAUUCGCCGAGGCCAUGAAGAAGAACCUGCGCGUAGGUAAUGGAUUUGAGGAAGGAACUACUCAGGGCCCAUUAAUUAAUGAAAAAGCGGUAGAAAAGGUGGAGAAACAGGUGAAUGAUGCCGUUUCUAAAGGUGCCACCGUUGUGACAGGUGGAAAACGACACCAACUUGGAAAAAAUUUCUUUGAGCCUACCCUGCUGUGCAAUGUCACCCAGGACAUGCUGUGCACUCAUGAAGAGACUUUCGGGCCUCUGGCACCAGUUAUCAAGUUCGAUACAGAGGAGGAGGCUAUAGCAAUCGCUAACGCAGCUGACGUUGGGUUAGCAGGUUAUUUUUAUUCUCAAGACCCAGCCCAGAUCUGGAGAGUGGCAGAGCAGCUGGAAGUGGGCAUGGUUGGCGUCAACGAAGGAUUAAUUUCCUCUGUGGAGUGCCCUUUUGGUGGAGUGAAGCAGUCCGGCCUUGGGCGAGAGGGGUCCAAGUAUGGCAUUGAUGAGUAUCUGGAACUCAAGUAUGUGUGUUACGGGGGCUUGUAGGAUUCUUUGGUUCUUUAAAAAAAUUUAAAA